AUGGACACCGUCCUCAGCUCGCUCGACUCCGCCAAACCCGACAACUCCCACGUCGUGUGCCCCACCGGCACCUCCCCCACCACCGCCCUCCACGACUCCUCCUCCCACCACCACCACGCCACCGCCGCCCCCGAUGCAACCCUCGGACGCCACCUGGCCCGCCGCCUCGUCGAGAUCGGCGUCCGGGACGUCUUCUCCGUCCCCGGCGACUUCAACCUCACGCUCCUCGACCACCUCAUAGCCGAGCCGGGCCUAACCAACGUCGGCUGCUGCAAUGAGCUCAACGCCGGCUACGCGGCCGACGGCUACGCCCGGCAGAGGGGAGUCGGCUCGUGCGUGGUCACUUUCACGGUCGGCGGGCUUAGCGUUCUGAACGCGAUUGCCGGCGCGUAUAGCGAGAAUCUGCCCGUGAUUUGUAUUGUUGGUGGGCCCAACACGAACGAUUUUGGGACGAACAGGAUACUGCACCACACGGUCGGGCUGCCGGAUUUCAGCCAGGAGCUCCGGUGCUUUCAGACGGUCACGUGUUAUCAGGCUGUAGUGAAUAAUUUGGAAGAUGCACAUGAACAAAUUGACAGAGCCAUCUCCACAGCUCUCAAAGAAAGCAAACCUGUGUACAUUAGCAUCAGCUGCAACUUGCCUGGAAUUCCCCACCCAACUUUCACCAGAGAACCUAUCCCUUUUUCCAUCUCACCAAGAUUGAGCAACAAACUGGGCCUCGAGGCCGCUGUAUCAGCCGCAGCCGCUUUCCUCAACAAGGCCGUGAAGCCCGUUAUGGUCGGCGGGCCCAAGCUCCGGGUCGCCAAUGCGGGCCGGGCCUUCGUCCAGCUGGCAGACUCGUGCGGUUACGCUGUAUCCGCAAUGCCCUCCGCAAAAGGGCUCGUCCCCGAGCACCACCCGCACUUCAUCGGCACCUAUUGGGGGGCUGUUGGGACGCCAUUUUGCGGUGAGAUAGUCGAGUCGGCCGAUGCUUAUAUCUUCGUGGGCCCGAUUUUCAACGACUACAGCUCGGUGGGCUAUUCGCUAUUGCUCAAACGGGAGAAGGCUAUUAUUGUCCAGCCAGAUCGGGUCGUGAUUGGAAACGGGCCCACGUUCGGGUGUGUGCUCAUGAAGGACUUCUUGCACGAGCUGGCGAAGAGAGUCGAGCGAAACACGACGGCUUAUGAGAACUACAAGAGGAUUUAUGUUCCGGAAGGUCUUCCGAUUAAGAGCGAGCCAAAUGAGCCCUUGAGGGUGAAUGUUCUGUUUCAGCAUAUUCAGAAGAUGCUUUCGGGUGAAACGGCCGUCAUUGCUGAGACAGGCGAUUCUUGGUUUAAUUGUCAGAAGCUUAAGCUUCCCGAAGGAUGCGGAUACGAGUUUCAAAUGCAGUACGGUUCGAUCGGGUGGUCGGUUGGUGCUACAUUGGGGUAUGCUCAGUCGGUGCCUAAAAAACGAGUCAUCGCUUGCAUUGGUGAUGGUAGCUUUCAGGUGACAAUGCAAGACGUGUCGACUAUGAUUCGAAACGGGCAAAAGAGCAUAAUUUUCUUGAUAAACAAUGGCGGUUACACCAUCGAGGUAGAAAUCCACGAUGGCCCAUAUAAUGUGAUCAAGAACUGGAACUACACUGGAGUAAUCGACGCCAUUUGUAACGGCGAAGGAAAUUGUUGGACUAAAAAGGUUUAUUGUGAGGAGGAUCUUAUUGAGGCUAUAGAGACAGCAACUGGAGAGAAAAAUGAUAGCUUGUGUUUCAUUGAGGUGAUUGUUCACAAAGAUGAUACAAGCAAAGAGCUUCUUGAGUGGGGUUCAAGGGUCUCUUCGGCAAAUAGCCGCCCCCCAAAUCCACACUUUAUGGUUGAAACUUGGAAGGGCUGGUUUAUGAGAUUCGGCCCGCACCACUAUGUCACCUACGCCGUCAACGCCUUCUUCGAACCGGACAUCGGUUCCUUCUCCGAAUGGCUGACCUCAACCCUGAGUUUGGGCCAGGUCUUCGGCACCUCCGUCGAGACGUGGAUCCACGACCCGUUUUACUACGCUCUGAUUCUGAGCUUCCCUUUGGCACUACUCUACAGUUGGGUCUCGCGAAUUUUGGUCUAA